GGUCUCUCAAGUGAUUGCAGCGCCGCGUGGUGGCAGCAAUGCCGAAAGAGCAGUAAAGUAGAAACGAAGAAGAAGAAGAGUCGAUAAUAUUUUUGGUAGUGGCGAUUUUUGUGAGAUUUUGUGCAAAAUAAUUCACAUAUCAGUGAUGUAGUGGACUGAAAGGUGUUCAAUGAGUGUGGUGCAAAAGGUGGUAGUGGAAAAGCUGUGCAAAGUGACGUGAAAAGGUGAAGAAAAGUGAAAAAAAGGAAAGGGAGAGGGUGCACAUUGAACUUCCCGUGGAGAGAGAGAAAUCAGAGGGGGCCUUGGAAAAAUUUAUUCCCCGCGAAUGCGAGAUUUUGCGGCCAUCGCAUUUUGUGUUUGAGUGUGUCCGUCAAUUUGUCCAGCCGUGGUCAUCAGUGCCACAUGAGGGAUUCAGAUGAGACACCAGCAUGGGUGUAAUGGACAGGAGGAUCGCUGGUGGCUGUAGAAAGUCGUCCGGGUGCGUGCCUGUGGGAGUCACUCUCCUUCUCCUGCUCCACAGUGCCCCACUGUGGGCUCAGGGAGAACUCCCACGGGUGGCAGUUCCUCCUGGACAGACCAAUCCACCCAAUCAGCCAUGCGACCGCACCAGAAGGAUCUUCACAGAAGCCUACGGAGAGAUUAGCGAUGGGCCAUCCGGAUUCAAUUACACUCAGGAUUCACACUGCGAAUGGCUCAUCAAGGCGAAAAACGAUAGUCAAUAUAUAACACUAACAUUCCGGAGUAUGGGAACAGAAUGCUCAUAUGAUUACAUUUUUGUAUACGACGGUGACAGCUUCAGAUCUCCGCUUUUGGGGAGUUUCAGUGGCAAGACUGAGCCACAGCAGGUUGUCGCUACUUCCGGAAGUAUGCUAAUUCUCCUGUAUAGCGAUACAAAUUACGUACUGGAUGGCUUCAAGGCUGAAUUUUCCGUCACGAAUUGCCCCAAUAAUUGCACCAAUCGAGGCAAAUGUGUUAAUCACAAAUGUAUCUGUCAUGGGGAUUGGAUGGGGGAGGAUUGCAGUGGCAAUGCCUGUCCAGACAGAUGUGGCGAAGAGGAAGGCCAUGGGGUUUGUUCGGGUGAAUGUAGGUGCAGAGAUGAGUAUUCAGGGCAGAGCUGUAGUCUCCACAAUAGUCAUCCGGUGGGGAAUGAGUGGCACUGGUUGUCUAAUUCUAUCGAGGGACUGUCUCCAAGAGCUGCUCAUACGGCUGUUUAUGUGCCAGAAACGGAUUCCCUCUACGUCUUUGGUGGAUAUGAUCUCAACAACAUCCUAAGCCAAUUGCAGAUUUAUCGCUUUGCAAAGAGCCGCUGGGAAGAUGAGUGGGGUGUUAAGCUGAAAAACUCCCACAAGUUCGAUAAGACCCAUGUGAAGGAGGCACUCGAGACAGACAGCAGUCAGUGGGGCUUGAGUGCAUCGGCCUCGUUCUUCCGCAACACUUUAUCCACCCUGUCGACUUUCUACGGGGACAAGCAGCUGGCUAUGAUGAGAGAUCAGCGAUCCCCAACGCACCAUGUCAAUCGAACAGCUGAUGAUCUCAUUGAUGAUAUUCUGGGCACUUCGAGGCCCAGUGCAAGAUAUGGACAUGCUGCCUGUCUCAUUCCCAAUGGAUUUGUCAUUUACGGAGGGAAACUGGCCAAUGGGAGUCUCUCGGCUGAAUUGUGGUUCUACAAUGUCAGCCAGGGUGGGGGCGAAUGGAGCUUGAGGGCGGCUAAUUCAACGCUGAAGCCUCCAGCUCUUACACGUCACACUCUCACUUUAGCCGGUGAUUAUUUGUAUUUGUUCGGUGGCAGUCGAGACAAUGGAGAAUUCUCAUCACGUUUGUUCAAGAUAAAGAUAUCUGACCAGACGAAUGAUGAAAGUGAGAAUGGCGAGCAGUGGCAGGAGGUGUCUCCGCGUGGAGGCAAAGUACUGGAUGUUCGAGUUGUGGCUCAUACAACAGUCUAUCACAAAUCUUCCAAUUCUUUGAUUGUCUAUGGAGGCGUUGUGGCUGGAGUUGCGCGAUUUUCGAAGCUCUCUGACAGGAUGUUCGCCUUUCAGUUGGAUGAGCGUCACUGGACGGAGAUUAUGUAUCCUAGAACUCCUCUUCGGGAUGCUUACAUUCCGCGUGAGAGAGCUUUUCACACGACAACAAUCGUUGGGAAUUAUCUGAUAGUCUUUGGGGGAUAUUCCCAUCGGCACAACAAAGAGGAGAUCUGCUAUGACAAUCAAAUGUAUCUGUAUCAUUUGGGAUGCCAUACGUGGGUGAAUCAGGAUGUUCUGGGAGUGGGCAAGAGAUCGCGAUAUCCGAAGCAACAAGGAGUUUUUGCUCAUGCAGCAUCCCUGAGGAAUCGCAAUGCUCUGUUGAUUGUAGGUGGUUACCAUGGGAAUGUCAAUGGCGAUCUGUUGGCCUACACCCUCCCGCCGAUGCUGGUGAUCAAGGAUGAGGAGACUUUUGAGCCAGAGCCACUGUGCUCGAAGCACGGAAGUGUCAGUGAAUGCCUGUCGGAUCCCGAAUGUGGCUGGUGUUCAGCUGAUGGGGUUUGCUAUGGGCGAACUGUUGGGGCUAAUUGCACAACAAAUCUCCAGACAACACGAUGUCCAGGAAUUUGUCCAGCUCUUGGAGAUUGUCAUUCGUGUCUUCUGCAUGGAGCUGUUAAUAUUGAUGCGGAGAAGAAGCAUCAGACUGUGGCGCACAAAUUGGGCUUGGGACAGUGCACUUGGUGUGUUCAGAAUGCCAGAUGUCAUCACAAGGAUGACAACUACGGAGUCUGUGGUGAGGAUACUCCGUCUCAGAGUCCAGGAUGGUGGGGCAUGAAAGGAACAGAAAUUACGUCAGCCAAUAAAUGCACAAAACUCGACAAACGUCCAGGACUGACCUUCAUUAAGUAUCUCCAUCCAGUGAACUGGACAAUGCCGGAUCAAGUGACCAUAGUCAAUGCCACGAUGGUGGAUUUCAAUGCGCCUUCAUCCAGUACGCACACCGAGCAAUCCUUCAAUGGGGACAUGGUGGCCAGAUUGGCUGGAUACAUCCGUCCGCCGCAUUCCUGGGACAAAUCUGGCGAGAUGCUGAGAGUUUGUGCCAGCUACUCAGAAGCAACCCUGAGGCUCUCCACUCCCUACGAUACGCCCAGUUUGGCGGCCAAUAUCACGUCGGAAGCUACACAAUGUGCCAUGGCUAACUGGCCAGCGUUGAGAGGAGGGAGGAUCAUGGUAGAUUUUCAGGCUAAACGAAGUGUCGGCAUUGGGAAUGUCUAUCAUCAUUUGCAUCACAGUAAAAUGGGUCUACAGCACAAUCGUACCAAUGAAAAUGCCAAAGCUUUUACCUUUGAGUACCUGGAGCCCUUUACGAAUGGCAGUAAGUGCGAAAGUUACUGGAAUUGUCUCCAUUGUCUCUCCGAUUCUGCAUGUGGUUGGUGCGAGAUGACCAAUAGGUGUCUGAGGCGAACGGAGAAUGAGACAGAGUUGUGCCGAGUCGAUGAGGAAUGGCAGUAUUUGACACUGCAGCCGGCCCACUGUGCCAACUGUUCCAACUACAUUUCGUGUGAACAGUGCGUGGGAUCGGGAUUGUGUGAAUGGUGGCCAGAAGAUGCACGAUGUUCCCGUAGGGGCAGAGCACCGUUGGCCGUUGUGACGGCUGCAGAGUGUCCAGCGCCGUGCUAUGCCAGGGAAUCGUGUUCGGCGUGCUUGGAUGAGCGUGGAAGGUGUGUUUGGUGUGAAGCUACACAGCAGUGCUUCAGUUUCUCCGUGUACACGAGUGAGUAUCAAUUUGGGCUGUGUCGGGAGUGGUUGGAUCAGACAAUGCCACUGGGAGGGAUGCAGUUGGAUGGGUUGGGACCGGACGAAUUGGCUAUGGCUGUGCAACAGAAUCAACCGACGCAACAGUGUAAAUCCUGUGCGAGAUUUGCCAAUUGUACUUCGUGCUUGAGAUCUCUGAGUUGUGGUUGGUGCUUUGACAGGGAUAAUCCGAUUGAGGGGAUUUGUAUGCAGGGAGACUUCAAUAGGUCCACGGAGAACUGUGCUGCUGCGUUGAAUACGACGCAGCAGGAGGCGGAAUGGGCGUAUGCUCAGUGUCCGGAUGUUGAUGAGUGUGGACUGGGUUUGCAUGAUUGUCAUCGGGAGGCAAAGUGUACAAAUACGCAUGGAUCGUACAAUUGUCACUGUCGAAGGGGAUUUAUUGGCGAUGGGAGGACAUCGUGUGUUCGGACGUGCUUUGAAACCUGCAUCCAUGGCUACUGCGAUGGGGCACCGGAUUACAAGUGUCAAUGCAAUUUGGGUUGGACUGGUGGUGAUUGUAGUAUCAAUUGUGGCUGCAACAAUCACUCAACGUGCUCCGAGGCGGUGGGAAAGUGCGAUGAGUGUCAGAAUUGGACAGAGGGUGAAUUCUGUGAGCGGUGUUCGGCUGGGAGUUUUGGUAAUGCAACUUCUAUCAUUGGCUGUCAACCGUGUGACUGCAAUGGACAUGGAAAUGAGGCUCUUGGGGUUUGUGAUGUUCAGACAGGAGAAUGCUUCUGUCAGGACAAUACCGAAGGGAUUCACUGUGAAGUGUGCAAUAGGGAAUUCUAUGGAGAUCCCCGGGAUGGUGGACAGUGCUUCUUUCAGUGUGAACCGCGUGGAAUGUUGACGCAUAUUGGACGUCAGGGAAUUGGAUCGAUGCAAUCGCACAAGUCAAUCUACGGAGGAUCUGAGACGAGGGAAUGUCUCUGGAUUAUCCGACCGAGGACAUCUGGUGGUUCUCUGCUCAAUACCAGCCUCAUUCAGUUGCACAUCAAUCGAGAGGAUCUCAAUGUUUCCUGCGUUGACAAUGCCGUCUAUGUUUACGAUGGCCUCCCCGAUCUCACGGGAAACACCCAACAGAGUCAACUUCUAGCGGUCUUCUGCAAUCAGGAUAGCACAGCAAUGACAGUUGAAGCUCAUACGGGUCACCUAACCGUUUACUACCGUCAAGGACCAACUGGACAGGGUUUCAAUGCCAUGUACAGUGUCUUCAGUUGUAGUUCCGGAACCUGUCAACCGCCACAUGUGUGCAAUGAUCAGGGAAAAUGUGUCUGCCCGCCGGGAUUCACAGGACCCCAUUGUGCCAUUGAACGUUGCCCAGGGAACUGCAGUGUCGCCCUCGGGCGGGGAAAAUGUGAUCUAACGUAUGGCAGAUGCCUCUGUACUCCCGGAUACGGUGGUGCAAAUUGCUCAAUUAAGCUCACGCACAGAAAUAUCGUCAUAGCGGAAAUUUUCAAUUCGCAACUGAUCAAUGAGAGUCUCGAGCAUCUUCGGAAAACCCUCCCACGUUUCGGACAUUCCAUGGUAGCCGACAAGAGGGCUUCGAUGUGGAUGUUUGGAGGAUAUUCCCUAUCGCAUGGACCCCUCAAUGACAUCCGGCAAUUUGACACGAAAAACAACACGUGGAUGCAAGUGACGGUAGAUUCAACGCCAGAAGCCAAAAUGCCUCAAGGACGAUACUUUCAGGCGGCAGAAAUUGUCUCAUCCAAGCAGGCCAUUUUUGUCUACGGCGGUCUCACGGGACAAGGCAAAGGCUAUGCAAAUAGCAUCCUUGGUGACUUUUGGCAAUUCUCUCUGCAGAAUCAGCGUUGGGAUGAAGUGGAAAUGGAUGAAGUAGUAAGACCUCCGCCACUUGCAGGUCACACAUUGACCUUCAUCAAGGACGGAGACAGGGAGUGCCUGGUGAUUAUUGGGGGAUUCUCAACGGAACGUGGCAUGCAGAAUGAACUAUGGGAAUUUGAUAUACAUCAGCGAAAGUGGGAGAAGUUGGCAGCAACGGGAGCUGGUCCAGUGGCUGUCUAUGGUCACUCAACCAUCUUCCAUGCCAACAAUCAGGCUCUCUAUGUUUUUGGCGGAAUGGAGUUCGAGGGUCAGCGAACGGUGAUCUCCAAUAAACUCUUUGUGCUGCAGUAUGACAAGAUGAUGUGGAGUGAGGUGCCGAUAUUCACGGAGAUGCUAAGGGGAGUUACUCAUAUUCCCAGGGGACGGUUUCUGCAUUCGGCAAUCGCCACCGACGGGUACAUGAUUAUCUUUGGCGGACAGACGAAUCCCUACAAUGGGACGGAUGUAAUGGUGGCUUAUGUGUUCAGGUGUAAUUACUGGGUGAGACUGACCGAGGAAGUGGAGAUUGUGGGAGAUCUCCCAUCGCCUACCUAUGCUCAAGCCAUGUCCUAUGACCAAGAGAGUGGGUCCAUUUAUGUGAUUGGCGGUUGGGAUGGGAACACUCGAAGUCGAGUUACGCGAAUAACAGUUCCGUCCGAUUUGUGUGAGCUCUGGAGCAGCGGAAAGUAUCAAUGUAGGAAUUUUAUGGGAUGCAGUUUCUGUUCAGUGGACAAUACUGCACAUUGUUUUUCAAAUGGACGUCCGGAGGUUUGCACUGGUCAGAAUGCCCGGACAAUUUUCAAUUAUGGCGCAGUUUGUGAUGAAGGGUGGCUAGCGAAGAGGAAGUGCUCAACUUUUCCCACUUGCACGGCCUGCCUGGCAGCUUGGCCUUCGCACUCGGAACUGGCACCGGCGUGUCAGUGGUGCGAGGGAUGUGGGGGUGAGGGGAAGUGUAUUUCAGCGGGGCAGGUGUGUGACAAGGAAGAUAGCUGUGGAGUUCCUCAGACGGCCAUGGGCCUAGUGACGCAGUGUGUGAGUUUGAAAUGUGCAGCAGCAGAUUGUGACAGUUGUCAUGCGAUUUCGGGAUGUGCCUGGGCCCAGAAUGGCACAGAUCCGUGGCAGUGUGUGUCUUUGGAUGUGGUUGAGGAGGAGAAAUGGCCAGUGGGAGUGUGUCCACCAAGGUGCAAUGUGCACAAGAACUGCAGCACUUGCCUGGCUGCAGAUACUUCCGAGGGUGGCUGGGAGCACUGUUUGUGGUCAACGCAGCUCAAUGAGUGCAUCUCACCCAGUUACCAGCCUCUCUACUGCGCGGGAGGGGUUUGUGGGCUGGUGCUGACGCAUGAGGAUCAGCUGAACUGUCCCGAACCGUGUAGUUCUUUCGUGCAGUGCUCCACUUGCCUAAGACACGCCCAUUGUGGCUGGUGCGCGAGGGAAGGUGGAGAGGGAGAUGGGGUAUGUACUGAGGGCAGCAUUGAGAGUCCCACGGAGUAUCCAGCUGCCUCUACGUGUGACAUCAUCUACGCCAGCCGACACAAUAUCACAACAGUCAAUCCUGAGGAUGAGUUCAAAUGGUACUACGUGCAAUGUCCGCCGGAGAAUGAGUGCAUCAAUGGCCAUCAUACGUGCAGUCCAAAGUCUGAACAGUGCGUGGAUCUGGUGAUGGGAUAUGAAUGUGUCUGUGCCGUGGGGUACGAGGAGAGUCAGGAUGAGUGUAUUCCAGUGUGCAAACAAGGCUGUGUCCGUGGUAAUUGUCUGGAGCCCAAUGUCUGUGAGUGUCACUUUGGCUAUGUCGGAGCCAAUUGCAGCAUUCAGUGUCAGUGCAAUGGUCACUCGAACUGUGAAGGGCCUGAUCGUCUGGAUCAGUGCCUGGAAUGUCACAAUAAUACCAUGGGAGCUCAAUGUGAAAAGUGUCAGAGAUUCUUCGUGGGUGAUCCCCGGAACAAUGGCGAAUGCAUGCCAUGUGCUGACUUCUGCAAUGGCCACUCGGAUCUGUGCGUCAUGAAGUCCUCCGAUGCUCAUGUCUUCAAUCUCACGCGAAAUGAGCUGGAGAAGUAUCUGACCGAGGGUCCAUCAAUGGAUGCCGUGUGCUUGAGGUGCGACAACAGAACUGACGGAGAUCGCUGCGAGGGAUGCAUUUUUGGGCAUUUUCGCGGCACGGACAAUCAGAGAGAUGCGUGUAGGCCAUGUGAGUGCCAUGGGCAUGGGAAUACUUGUGAUCCGGUGACAGGGGAAAAGUGCAAUUGUGGCAAUAACACUGAAAGUGAUGCCACGUGCUCAGCUGCCGCCAGCAAGAACUCCGCUCAGCAAUGCUGGAGUGUGCAGUGCUCCAAGUGCAAGGAGACCUACAGUGGGAAUCCCAUUGAGGGUCAUCAGUGCUACAAGCAUAUCAAUGUCGAGUCCAAGAUGUGUUUCGACGCCAAAAUUAUCGAUGAAUGUAAGAUCAAACCGUCUCCGUUGAAACCUGGUCAGACGGUGUUCUUCGUCAUCCAGCCGCGCUUCAUGAAUGUGGACAUUAGGAUAAUUGUUGAUGUGACACAGGGUGAAUUGGAUCUGUACAUGAGUCCUCAGGAGGAUUCUUUCGUGGUGACGACAAAUCAAUCCACGGGUUACCAUCACAUUUCCCUCGAUCAUCACUACAGAUGGGUCACGGAAAUCGAUUCGGACAUCAUAACGCCACUGGACAUCAGUCCAGCCACCAAAUAUGACUUUGAUAACAUGACGAUAACGUCAGAGGAGAAGAUCUUCUGGACGCCGCACAUUCAUGACUGCAAGUCACUCAGUGGAAGUGGAUUCUAUGUCAAGGACAAGCAUGCCAAGGACUUGAGUACCUACAUCACUCUGCAUCAGUGCAAUACGCUCCUGAGGGUGUUUGGGUUGAGGAAUCGGCUGGUGCUGACGCUGCCACAGAAUGCACACAAUCUCAGUGCCACGAGAUUCUUCAUGGCGCUGAGAGCGAGUGCGGGGCCAGCUGCUAGCUAUGGACUUGUGUUCUUCCGGCAGGAUCAACUGCACAUUGAUCUGUUUGUGUUCUUCUCUGUCUUCUUCUCGUGUUUCUUCCUCUUUUUGGCUGUGUGCGUGGUGGCGUGGAAGGCUAAACAGGCGGCGGACGUGAGGAGGGCUAGGAGGAGGCAUGUGGUGGAGAUGCUGCAUAUGGCCAAGCGUCCUUUUGCCACGGUGACCCUUCAUGUGGACCCAGAUGCCGAAUCCCCGGUGCAGCAACGAAGGGGACGGGGAAAGGUGAGGCAGAUGCUGUCUCAGGGGCAGCAGCAGCAGCAGCAGCAGCAGGAUGUGCGUCCGGUGGCUGUUGAACCGACGGCAGAUGGCGUUGCAGCUGUUGGUACUGUGUUCAUUCGUCUUCCAGGGAAGUAUCGUACUCCCGUGGGCCUUGCUCUCGCCUCAGCGCUCAUCACCCUGCCCCGGAUGUAUCCCACCGGGAGCAGGGCUUUCCUCAGGCGACGUGGCUCUGGCCAUGGGCCAUCCCAACCACUUCCACAGCAGCCGCCGCCAAUUCAGCUACCGCCUAGAAACAAUUAGAUUCCUUUUCUUUUUUACCGACCACGAGAGAUGAUGUCAGGAGAAAUCAGGAUAAAUACUGUAAUGUAAGUAGCACACAUUUGAUUUUUACUCUCGGUGUUCUGUUUUUUUUUUGGACUUUCAUUGCCAAGGGGAAGAUAUUUGAAUGAUAUGCGGUGUACUUGUGAUUACAUGCUCAAUUUUUCUUCUGGGACACUUUUAGGUGCUCAAUUUAGGAUAGAUAAUUAUAAAGUGGAUUAAAAGUUUUUUUUCAAGGAAAGAAAAUUAUGAACAAUUGUUUUUGUUCUUAGAAUAUUAUGCAAUUGUCAAAACUUUGAUUAAAAAAAUAUAGGAUCUCAAGAUGAAACAAGAAAAGACAUUUUAGAAAUAUUUUGGCGAAUGAUAAAAUUAAUUAGUUUAAAAAUAUUUUUUUUUUUACUUUUUUGGGUUUCUUAAUGUUUCUAAUAUAUUUAGAUAAUUGUUUUUCAAUUUAAAUAAUAACAGCUGAAAUAAUAAUA